CGUCUCUCUGUAACGCAAGCACUUGAUUUCUGUCGUCACAAUGCUUCUCGCACCCAUACAAUGUCACCUGAGCGCUGCACCAGAGUCAACCACCAUUACUCUUGGCAGACUCCGUUCCAGGACCGCGACAGCCCCGAGAGCGAAAACAGCAACAUUCACAGAGCCUUUUCUUCAAACAAGACAACCGAAAACUGCCAUCAAACAUGCCCCAGAAGCUCAAGAUGCCCAGAAACCACAAGCAUGCUUCUGGCAGGGCGAACCAACUCAACCCAAGCCAGCCUCGCCCGCCGCCCCGGCCGAGGAAUUUGCCAUUUGGGAGGCCUGCGAAUACCUCCGAUGCUUCGUGCGCGACAACUGGGGCGAGGCGGCCGAGCACGCCGCCGUCAUCGAGUGCGAGAUGCCCAUGGCCCGCAUCCGAGAGUUCGGGAAGCUGCCCGAGAGGCAGGGCACGCGGUCCUGCACGCGCCUCAUCCGCAUCCCCGUGCUGGCCGAGGAGAUUGGCCAUCGGCUGUGGAGGCUGCUGUCGGAACAAGUGGCACUUGACUCGCUGGCGACUGGAGAGGAGGAUUGCGCGGCGACCGCGGCGCUGGCCCUCUGUCGUGGUCGCGACUCGGAUCAGGGGCAGGACUUGGAGGGGGCUUCGGACACGCUCAAGCGGCCGCAGUACAAGCAGUGCUGGAAUUGUCAUGGCCAGAGCAAAUACCGAGAGUUCGAGGAGUCGGCCGGGGCCAUAACCUCGUGCUAUCGCUGCAUGGAGUGCUUCUACAGGUUCGACGUCAAGACGACUGCGACGUCGGUGGUUGGCUCAAGGUACUGUGGCGCAGGUGAAAAGGAAUCAUUGCCGACGAGCUUUGGCAGGAGGUCAUCUUGGUCGGAGUAUACGAUGGAUGUUUGGAGACGCCGCGACCCUAGAAACAUCAAGCAUAGCCCAAGGCCAGUCGCUGAGCCUGUCAGUUUCGAGUUUUUAUGGACAUGAAACAAACAUUUCGGGCGAACAGGCUGAGAAGCGACCGCGAUCUAGUUUCAUACAGUCAGUGAACCAGUCUGUGGUGGAAAAUGUCCUGAAACAUAGCACUCAGCCACAAAGCCUGAUUUUGUGGUGCAAUAUGAUCUAUGAGUAUCAAUU